AUGGCUCCCUGGCCUCACAGGAACGGCUCUCUGGCUCUGUGGUCAGACACCCCCAACUUGGACCCCAACGCCGCCAACACAAAUGGGCUGCCAGGGGUGCCGUGGGCGGCAGCAUUAGCUGGGGCACUCUUGGGUCUGGCUACGGUGGGAGGCAACCUGCUGGUAAUCGUGGCCAUCGCCCGCACACCGAGACUCCAAACCAUAACCAACGUGUUCGUGACUUCGCUGGCCACUGCUGACUUGGUGGUGCGACUCCUCGUAAUGCCGCCAGGGGCCACUUUGGCGCUCACCGGCCACUGGCCCUUGGGCGCAACUGGCUGCGAGCUGUGGACUUCGGUGGACGUGCUCUGUGUAACCGCCAGCAUCGAAACCCUGUGCGCCCUGGCGGUGGAACGCUACCUGGCUGUAACCAAUCCUCUGCGUUACGGCUCGCUGGUCACGAAGCGCCGCACCCGGGCAGCGGUGGUCCUGGUGUGGGUCGUGUCCGCCGCCGUGUCCUUUGCGCCCAUCAUGAGCCAGUGGUGGCGCGUGGGGGCCGACGCCGAGGAGCAGCGGUGCCACUCCAAUCCGCGCUGCUGUACCUUCGCCACCAAUAUGCCCUACGCGCUGCUCUCCUCCUCGGUCUCCUUCUACCUUCCUCUGGUCGUCACGCUCUUCGUCUACGCGCGGGUUUUCGUCGUGGCCAAGCGCCAGCUGCGCCUGCUGCAGCGCCCGCGCCGCUCGGCGACCACAGCGGGGACGUGCGCUCCGGUGGACGCAGCCGCCUGCGACCCGCAGCCAGCGCGCCUCCGGCCGCUCCGGGAGCACCGCGCCCUGCGCACCCUGGGUCUCAUCAUGGGCAUCUUCUCUCUCUGCUGGCUGCCCUUCUUUCUGGCUAACGUGCUGCGUGCCCUUGGGGGACCCUCUCUAGUUCCCAGCGGGUUCUUCACCGCCCUGAACUGGCUGGGCUACGCCAACUCCACCUUCAACCCUCUCAUCUACUGCGGCAGUCCGGACUUCCGAGGCGCCUUCCGCGGUCUCCUUUGCGGCUGCUGGGACUGCGCACCCGAGGAGCCCCGCGCGGUCGCCGGCCCCACCCGCAACCCUGCGGACGCAGCUGCAGCUCCAGCCAGCCCCUCGGGGUCCAGGCAGAGCCCGGGGUUCAACAGGUAG